UGUGAGUUGUGAGUAAAUAGAAUAACUUUCAAGAGUAUCGAUAUCAUCACAUGAAUCGUAAAUGUAUGAAUGUGGUGGACCAAAAAAUCCACAAUUUCUAAUGAAAUAGGGAACAAAGUAACUUUGUCCCCUUCGGCCACUCUAGGUCAAAUUGGUGCUCGAUGUUGCACUUGGAGCUGUUGCACCGGGUGCUAAAGCAUGGGUAUUUUGUACCCAUUGAACAAAGACGGUUUGUAAUUGUAUAGCGGUAUCCGAAGGCAAGGCGAAACUUUGAUUACAGACCCGACAAAAAAAACUUUAGUAUCUAACUUAUACAGACACCAUAGUUUAAGGGUCUCUGUUCAAUUAAGCCAAAAUUAAAAACCCAAAAACCUAAAUUCACAAAACCAAAAUAGAAGAAAACAUCCCUGCUGGCUGACCCCCGUCUUCACCUCCGUCGCCAGUCGGCCGUUCCCCCUGCUGGUGCCAGCUUCACAUUUCUCCUCUGUCCGCCGGUUUCCGCCUCUACUCCUCAUCUGUCGGCUGCCGCCACCGUUCGUCACUCUCUCUCAACGAAGAAAAAAAAAAUGGGAGGUCCUUCACGGCAGUGUCAAGUUUGCAACCAAACUCAAUCCAAAUACAAAUGCCCAUCUUGUCUUAUUCCUUACUGUUCUCUGGCAUGUUUCAAGACACACAAAGAAACUCCCUGUGAGAAGUCGGAAUCCGUAAAAGAAAAAUCUGGAACCCCCAGUGUGAAUUUGGGGUCCAACGAUAAUGCUAUAACAACUAGUGUCAAGCCGGAGUCCACCAAUGAUGCAGUACCCCCCAGUGUCGAGCCGAAAUCAUCUGAAGGAAGACCCACUGCUAGUCGAGAAUUUCUGGUGGGGAGGAAACUAGAAGUUGAGGACCCAAGUGAAGUGCUACAAAUUAUGCAGAUGCAGGCUAUUGCUUCUUCCAAUGACAUCCGUGAAGCCUUGAAGGAUGAGCAUCUUCAAAAACUUAUCUCUGAUAUCGAUAGCUCCCCAGAUGCAUUGAAUGAACUCGACAAAGCUAUGGGACUGGAUGUUUUUCGCAUUUUCAGCGAUAAGGUUUCUGUAUAAUCACUCGAUUGUUGCCAAUCAGAACUUGGUAAUGCCCGAAGUUUAACUGUCAAUUGUUUUCUCUAUCAUCAGAUUUUAUCCGCAAUCAAUCAAUGACCACAUAUCACAAGGCCUCUGAAGUUCUUUCUCCGAAUACAUUGAUGCCAAUAUAUAUUUAUGUCCAAGGUUUGCUGCUGUCUGAGCCUGGCCGGCGGUCGAUGUUUCUGUAAGUUUAGUAUUUUGGUUAAUCGGAGGGUAAAUUUUGUGCCCGGUUUUAUCUCACUUAAGGUCGGUUUUCAUUUGCAAGAAUGCGGUCUUUAAUGAUUAUUGUGAACAUUUAAGCUUUACGAGAACUGAUGUUCCAAAUAUAAGUAAAAGUUUAUUGUUCUAAA